GCAAUAGAUCAUUCCAGAAGAGAAUAUAUGUUGCAGCAGCUAGACAAAGCGCUCACAGAUGAUCGUUGCUCCCAGGUCACCAAGCAGAUGGCAGAGAUGAUCCUGCUAGAGCACAAGAUCACCAGCUCCCAGUUCACGAACUGGGAUGAUCGCUUCGUGCGAUUGGAGCGUCGGGUUGACGAGCUGUCAGCUCAGCAGUCCAAGAUCCUGGAUUCUAUCCGGAACUUGACUGGAAAGGCCACCUAUGCUGCUGUGACUGCAGGAGACCAAAGAGGUCCCAAGAUCCCUGCUCCCAACAAGUUCAGGGGCGAUGACCCCAAGACUGAUGUUGGGGACUGGGCUGCUGGGGCCAGAGCCUACUUGAGGGGCUUUGUUUGUGCAGAACAGACCAAGGUGGCGACUAUUCUGGGACUGCUGGAAGGGCCUGCGCUGAAGUGGGCCACUUCAACUUCCAGCAGCCUGCAACAGUCCAUGGAGAACUGGGCUUUUGGGCUUGGGGUAGACAAGCUUCUGCAGGCCCUGGAGGACCGGUUUGCGGACAAGGAGCGGGCCCUCAAGGUUGCUGACAGGAUUGCUCGCCUAGGACAGCAGGGGUACAGCGGCACCCUGCAGGCCUUGUUUGCUGAGCUCGAGCAGCUCACCUCCACCCCUGGGUUGGUCAUGUCUUCUGAUGAUUUGCUGACCAACUUUUGCAGGGCAGCGCCUGAGAAGUUUGUUGUUGCAUUGUACAACGCUGGACACAAGGACUGGAGGUCCUUUGGCCGUGCAGUCCUGGAAAUGGAGGCCAAGCUCCAUGUCCAGGCCCCAUCCUCUGAUAAGAGGAAAGGUGCCUUCCCCAGAGGUGGCAGAAGGGGAAAGGCAGCCUUCACUCAUGCGGGGCCUGCCUCAGGAUCAGAUUCCGAUUCCCAGCCUGAUGCACCUUCAGAUGCUCCCCCUGUUUCCUGUCCUCCUGAGAUACAGCAGGUGGUAGAUCAGUAUGCUGAUCUGAUGCAGGAGCCCUUUGGGUUACCCAACCGGCCAACCAAGCAUCACAUCGAGCUGCUGCCUGGAGCGGUCCCUCCCAAGGGCCGCAUCUACAGGAGAUCCCCUGGUGAGCUUGAGGAGCUCAGAAAGCAGCUUGAGACCCUGACCAACAAGGGCUGGAUCAGACCCAACACUUCUGAAUUCGGUGCACCUAUUCUCUUUGUGCCCAAAGGGAACGGCAAAUUCAGAAUGUGCAUUGACUACAGGGAUCUCAAUAAGAUCACUAGGAAGAGUACUGAGCCACUUCCGAGGAUCGAUGACCUUCUGGACAUGGUGCAGGGCUACACAGUGUUCAGCAAAGUCGACCUCAAAUCUGGCCACCACAAGAUUGAGAUGGCAGAGGAGGAUGUCUACAAGACAGCCUUCAAGACCAAGUAUGAGACUUACGAGUUCCUGAUCAUGCCAUUUGGACUUUGCAACGCCCCAGGCACCUUCCAGACAGAGAUGCACCGCAUCUUCAGGCCUUACCUGGACAAGUUUAUGGUUGUCUACCUGGAUGAUAUCCUGGUAUUCAGCAAAACUGCCAGGGAACAUGCGGAGCACUUGGCUCUUGUCCUUCAGUCAUUACGUGACAGCCAAUACAAGAUCAACAGAGAGAAGUCCUCCUUUGGAGUUCCCUCUGUCAUCUAUCUGGUUCUUCAGCAGGAUGAUGGGAAUGGUCUACGACCAGUAGAGUCCAUGGGUAAGAAGAUCAAGACCCAAAAGCUCCAGGACUCUACCUACGAGAAAGAGCUCUAUGCUCUUGUCUGUGCCCUGAAACAUUGGAAGCACUUUCUCCUGGGCAGGCACUUCAAGAUCUUCUCAGAUCACUCCACCCUGCAGUGGAUGAAGUCCCAGGGAGAGUUAAAUGACAAGUUGGAACGGUACAUUCAGUUCAUUGACAUGUUUGACUUUGAACUGAAGCACAAGAAGGGUUGCUACAACAAGGUAGCAGAUGCCCUCUCUCGUAGGCCGGACUCUUUUGCGCUGAUCUCCUCUACUCACUCCUUUGGAGAGGAGACCCGUCAGACCAUUGCUCGUCUACUGCCUCAGGAUGAGAGUUUCGGACCCAUCGUCAGGAAUCUGCAAGCAGAUCCUAAUUCUGAACCAGGCUAUGCUCUGAGUUCAGACCUGCUGUAUACUUGCAGCAGAGUGCUGCACGGUGUUGCCAUCCUUGUUGGGCAGCUUGUGCAGUUGCUGAACCUCGGUCUUCAACGUGUCCAGCUGCUUGCUGAUGGUGGCUGGUGCAGCGAAGGUGCUGAUGACGCCGAGCAUUGCGACUACGUGGUCAACUCGUUCUUCCAAUUGGCGUGUAGAGGGUGCACUGCUGGACUCACCAGCAUCUGGUCUUGGUGCAGAUUGCUCCAAGUCCUGUACACGGGAAUGAAGUGCCCGUGUAGCAUCCUUGUGCAGAUCCUUGUGGUUCUGCAUUGCCUGUCGGAGAAUCGCCAGCUCGGACUGCAGGUGGUUACAGAUCCUGGGCCUCCUUGCGGCGUGCCUUGGUAUCUGCUUCGGCUUCGGCUUGAAGCCGCUGCUUUUCAACUGUUGCCGCCGCUUCAGCUUGUAGGCGGGCAGCCUCGGCUGCCAGCUGGCGCUGUUCCUCAGCCUCGAUUAGUGUUAACUGAGCUUCGAAACGCUGUCGAGUUUGGCAGCUAUAAACCAACUUCUCGGGUGCAUGAACAAUUCUGCGUCCAGCAAAGGCGAUGGUGCAAACACCUAAGAUUGUGCAAGGCUGAGAAUCAACUGCAGAGAUGUUCAAGGACACGAUGGGAAACUGCGCCUUGAGCAGCGACAUUCAUAAUAAUACUUGCAAGGAUUUGGCUGCAAUUGCCCUUGGACUAAGGCUGAAGCUUCUCCUGCCCCUGGUACCCCCCUGUACUGGAACCCGCCUGUAUGUGACCUGCUAGUUUAAUAACAGAUGUCACGUGGCCGAUGCCAGUUCCAUAGAAGCUUCUCAUUGAACCGGACUUUGAGUCUUGGGUAUGUAGCAGUUUCAGAAGGGCCUAGGGGAAAAAUGAUUGCUUACUGACCAUAUUAGCUGAGCCAUUGUGCAUUUCCACCGACUUGGAGUGCAGGCCACCACGCU